AUGCACGCUCAACAAGCCUCCAACAUCUUCGUCAUCGGCGGCACCGGCGCUCAAGGCAUUCCAGUAGUCCAAGCACUGGUUGAAGACAAACAGUAUCGCUGUCGAAUUCUCACUCGUGAUACUGCCUCAGCCCGGUCCCAAUCCCUCCUUGCUCUCGGUAACGUCGAGCUCGUCCAGGGGACAUUCGCCAAUGAAGAUGACUUGCGCAAAGGCAUGCGAGGAUGUGACGGUGCAUUCAUCAAUAUCGACGGCUUCAGCUCCGGAGAAAAGGCCGAGGUAUUCUGGGCUAUUCGCAGCUACGAGAUCGCCAUCCAAGAAGGGAUCAAGUUCUACGUCUAUGCAAACAUAGACUACGCCACCAAGAAGUCCGGGUAUGACCCUAAGUUCCGUGCUGGUCAUCUAGAUGGGAAGGGCCGGAUUGGGGAGUGGGUCAUGUUUCAAAAUCAGGACAAUAAAGAGCGGAUGGGUGCAGCGCUCUUUACAACCGGUCCUUAUAUUGACAUGGUCAUAUCCACUCCAAUCAUGGCGCCCACAGUGGAAGACGGAAUUGCUACGUGGAGAGCGCCACUCGGCGAUGGCGCCGUGUGCCAUGUGGCGCUCGAAGAUUGCGGAUACUAUGUUCGAUGGCUUUUUGAUCACCCGGAACGUGCUAAUGGCAUGAAUCUCGAUGUUGCUGUUGCGGAUAUAACAUACACUGAGCUUGCAGCAGCGUUUGAGCGCGUUACAGGACACCCAGCCAGGUAUAUCGAUACCGAUUUGGAUACGUAUUGGAAUAUGCCAGUAAGAAAGGAGACUGCUGGCAAGGUUGUAGGUUAUAAUGCCGAUCCGAAUGACCCGAGCUUGAUGAAGAACAGAGAGAAUUUUACGGGACUGUGGAAUGUCUCUAAAUACCGCCUGCUUAAAAAGGACUAUAAAAAGAUGGAUGAGAUCCAUCCAAAUAGGAUUAAGAGCGCGGAAGAGUGGUUUCGCAUGGAAGAUAAAAAGGGUCGAGAGGAAGGGAAAGGGUCCCUAUGGGAGAGGAUCCAGGCGCAGAGCUGGAUUCCGAUUCUAAAAGAUCAUGAAGAUAGUGGGAAGGGUAGUUUGUAG